CUUCAGUCAUAAUCUCACUGACCCAGACAGACGCAGUUCAUCGAGAACAAGACAAUGAAGACUAUUGCAGCUUUUAUUCUUCUUGCCUGCCUGAUUGCUGUAGGAGUGAAAGGGCAGGACAGGUCUUCAAAGGGCAGGUGCUUUUGUGGAGACAAAGGUGCAAACAUGGUUUUAGUGAAGAACAUCGAGAAGGUUGAAAUCAUCCCUCCAAGUCCAUCUUGUCACAAACGUGAGAUUAUUGUCACUCUGAAGAAUGGUGCAGGAAAGAAAUGCCUGAAUCCUGAGUCAAACUUCACUAAAAAUGUCAUAUUAAAGGCUCUUGAUAAGAGGAGCCAACAGUCUGUGCCACACAGUACAUCUGUCACUGUGACACUGAAGAACAUCCUGACAUCAACACCAUCAGCAGCACCAACAUCCUUGACUCCACAGACUUCAUAGUUGGAGUUCAAUUUUAAAAAUGAAUAGAUGUCAAAA